AAGUGCAAUACCUACAAAUGGCUGUGUCAUAUCUCACCCUAAGGACUCAGACCUAGAACCAAAGUUGCGGAAUCUUGAAGAUCAGUUGCGGGCUGCCAAAUCUAACAGUACUGAGUGGGAGAAAAAAUUCAUGUCAUUGAAGAACGAAUGUGAUAGAAUUCAAACAGAAGAAGGACAGUUGAGGCGGGAAUGUCGGGACCUGGAAAAAAAUAUGGCAUUGACUAAACAUGACCUCAAAGAGUAUCAACGAAAGUUUGAGUUUGAAGCUGAGACGAAGCGUAAACUAGAAAUGAUGAUAAAGGAGAGAGAAAGACAACUUGACAAUGAGAUUUCUAGAAAUAGAGAUAACGAGGCCAACAAAAUGAAUAUAAAUGAAAGAGUUUCAACCCUGGAGAAAAUGUUAAAUGAUAGCAAAGAAAAAUUCAGACAGGAACAAGAAAAUGCUAACAAAGCCAAGAAACAACUUACAGAGAUUCAGCAGAGAAUGACAGUAGCAGAGCACAGCUACCAGGAACUGAACAGUAAAUACAGUGAUCUACAGAGUGCCAAAUCAAUGGUAGAAAAAGAAUUGAGAGAUCUUAGACUCGCACUAGAGAGUGAAACAUUAAAUAGAAACCAGGCUUCGGAACAGUCAGCUGAACUUCAUGAUCGUAUCCGCUACCUACAGACAGAACUAGAUAAAGCAAAGGACAGAGACAGAUAUAACGCCAGUGAAAUUCAUAAACUCCAAGACAGUAUCAAUACAUUAGAAAAGGGUAAAAAGCAUGCUGAAUUGGAGUUGCAGAACUUUGCAAAAAAGUUGGAGACUGAACGUGGUUCACAUAAAGAAACCGUGGCAAAGUUCAAUCUUGACAAAAAAAAUAUCCUUAUGUCUACAGAAGAGGCAAACAUGGAAGCCAUCAGAGAUAUGCAGCGCAAGCUAGAGCAGGAACAACAACAACGAAAAAUGACAGAGGAGCGCUUGUUGAAUGUUGAGAAGGAGAAAAGUGGAUACACUGUAGAUUUACAGCAGUUACGCAAUCAAGUUCAAUCUCUACAGACUGAACUGAGAAAUGAAGCUGAUAAGUCACGGAACUUGUCGCUUCAAGUGGAGCAGGAGAUACAACGAAGGUCAUUAAUGCAGUCAGAUUACAAGAACCAGUCAGCAGAAGUAAACAAACUCAAAUCAAAAGAUAAACUUCUCCAGUCGGACAUAGAGGAAAUUCAGAAGGAGAAAAACUCCCUGGAAGAAGAAAUCAGAAAAUUGAGAGAGGAUAUGUCAUUAAAUGAUCUACAGAUGAAGGAAUUACAGGAUCAACUUGAAGCUGAACAGUAUUUCUCAUCGUUGUACAGAAAUCAAGUAAAGGAAUUGAAGGAUGAAAUUGAGACGAAAAAUAACAAACUGCAAGACGCACAUGCUGAUCUCAAGAGUGUAGACCAAGAAAAAGAUUCCUUGGGAGGCCAAUUGCAGUUAGCCAUGGCCAAGGCAGAUUCUGAGCAACUGGCUAGAACUAUUGCGGAGGAACAAUUAUCAGAUGUUGAGAAAGAAAAGACAAUGUUAGAACUAGAAAUUAAAGAAAUUCUCUCAAGACAUAAAAGUGAACUUGCGAAAAAGGAUAGUGUUAUAGGCAUGUUAGAAGAAACUAAAAGGGAGUAUGUGAAAAGUGUGGAAUCUUUACAAAAUGAGAAAGAUGACUUAAAUAACAGAUUUAAAAAAAUAGCAGAAGAUUUACGCAACAUGCAGGCUAAGCCUGUAGUUACAGAUGAUUUAGACAAAUUGAAGAAGAAUCUGAUUGAGGAGAAGAUGAAGAAAGAACAAGCAGUGAACAAACUGGCUGAGAUUAUGAACAGGAAAGGAUUUAAUAACCAGGGAACCAAGAAGAACCACGCCUCGGCACAGGAACUGAAGAAGAAAGAGAAAGAGUGCAGGAAGUUACAGCAGGAACUCAGCAUGGAACGAGAAAAAUACAGUAAAAUGGUAGAGAAAUACCAGCGAGAUCUGAGUGAAACCCAAGCUGCAUUGUAUGAAGAAGGUCAAUCACGCAAUAAACUUCAAAUGGAGCUGGACUCUAAAGAUAGUGAGAUUGAACUGCUACAGCAGAAACUGGUCGUCACAAAUCUUGACACAGCGUCUAUUCACAGCGGUAGUUUAGAAGAUGGGGAUAUGUCACUUAGCAUACACAAUUCAAGCAUAUCAUCUACAGCACCAGGAGACAGUCAUAUGGAAGGAUGGUUAUCGGUCCCUAACAAACAGAAUAUCAAAAAGUAUGGCUGGAGGAAACAGUAUGUAGUUGUCAGUUCACGGAAAGUUCUCUUCUACAAUAAUGAAACAGAGAAGCAGAAAGCAGCACCAGUGCUUGUCCUUGACAUCGAGAAAUUAUACCAUGUGAGGUCAGUAACACAAGGAGAUGUUUAUAGAGCAGAUGCGAAAGAUAUUCCAAGAAUAUUCCAGGUGCUCUAUGCAACAGAGGGUGAGAAUAGAAAAUCAGAGGAAAAUCCUCUAGAUAUAAGUUUGCAACAGUCAAAAGCUGGUACUAUAGAGUACAAAGGUCAUGAGUUUCUGGAGUUGCAUUUCCGUACGCCCACCACCUGUGAUUCCUGUAACAAGCCUAUGUGGCAUAUGUUACACCCUCCACCAGCAAUGGAAUGUAGACGAUGUCAUACAAAAGUACAUAAAGAUCAUUUUGACAAAAAAGAAGAAUUUGUAGCGUAUUGUAAAGUAAACUUCGAUCAAAACAUUCAAGCGAAGGAACUAUUACUGCUUGCUGAGUCGUCAGAUCUUCAGAAACAGUGGGUACUACACCUUAGUAAGAAAAUAUCCAAGAAAGGAAUCGUCAGUUCUGGUGGAACAUUAGGGCUGUUGCAGAAAAGAAAAUGAAGGAGUGGCCAUCAAAUAGGAACACAAAGCAGUAUUCGUCAUUUGGGGCCGCCAACCGUGCUGUAAGAUCUGGUUCAUCAGCAACUCUACCUCCAAACUCGAGACCUAACUGACAUUGAUGCUUACACUAACGCAACUUUUAUAAGUUCAGUGGAAAUAUAUUAACAUUAUCUUUGACAUGAAAUAUUUGUCAUUCAAUGCUUCAGUUUGCACCAUUAGAUCGGACUCAUUUGCAACAAUAACCACAAGAAUGCAAGUCCGUAUCUCUGCAUGAUGUACGCCUUUCAUCAAAAUGGCUGUAUUUUCAAACAUGUAUGAAGCGAAUAUGGAAUAAUAUGCAGCUGUUCUGAAACACUGUUAUUGGAGGACUUUGGAAAAAUUGAAACUUAUAAAAAAAAAAAUUGAUAACCUUUGUAAUCUGAAUGAGCAAGGAUGAUCUUUGAAGGUCCAUAACUUUCAGAAAAAAGUCUUACAAGGAAAAAUUAGUUACUUUAAAAUCCAAGCUUAAAGAUCUUAUUUUAUUGUUCACAGUAGCAGAAAUGUUUUUGACCUGAUAAAAAAGAUGGGCAUUGAUUCAUAUUGAACAUUUAGAUUGUCCGGGCAUUCUCUCAUUACUCAAUAAUUUUUCAUGAUAUAUGUGGUAAACUGUUCAAUACUUUCAUCACAAGAAUAGUAACAGUAAAUGGAAUUAUUUGCAUUCAAACUGAUUAUGCAAUUUAAAAUGGAAGCACAAAUACAUACUGCAUUCAUGAAUGUUUGAAUAUAUCCCAUGUUGUUGGUGUAUUUAUGUUAAUCUGCACAUCACCAUAGAAACAAGUGUUACACCGAUUUUCAGAAAAUUUAACCGUAAUAAAAAAUGUUCAAACAUCAUCUCACAGUAUCCAAAUACAUUCCAGUAGUUUUACACAAUCAAUUGUGCU